AUGGAUCGCCUAUUAAGGGCAGCCAAGAUACCAGAUGAAGACCGAGUCGAUAUUGUGCAGCUGCAACUUAGUAAUGUAGCCAAAACAUGGUGGGAUGCAGAGGAGGAGAAGCUGCCUAAGCCAGUUUCAUGGGGGACAUUCCGGGAGAGUUUCCUAGAGGCAUUUUUUCUGAAGACAGCUCGUCUUGAGAUGCAAAGACAGUUUGUUAUGCUAAGACAGAGAGCUAGUACUGUAGAUGAGUAUGCAGCAAAAUUUGCCAAGCUCAGUAGGUUUGCCUCGGGGAUGGUGUCGAAUGAGGUGGAUAAGGGACAAAGGUUCAUGCAGGGUCUAAAUUUUGAGAUCCAGACUCAGAUUUAUAGUCUGAAGGGGGUUGAGACUUAUGCGGAUGUCCUAGAGGCAGCUCAGAAAGCAGAACAGCUGAUUGGGAUCAUGAACUCAGUGAAGAGAGGGGCAAACAAGCGCCCUGCAGGACAGAACUCAGGAGGUAACUAG